AUGGAUGACAAUGAGGAUAAUGGGAGAUAUCCUCCCAGCCCUUAUGGCAUGAAUCAGGGUUAUGGGUCAUCCAAUCGCCAGAAGCUUCCUGUCCGCGACACGUCUUAUUCAAGGCAUGUCGAUGAUCAGUAUGUUGAGGAGGCGGAUAAUGAUGAAGAUGUUGAUGACGAAGAAGAAGAAGAUGAUGAUGACGACGAAAAUGGUGUUCAGCGGAUAGGGAAAGAUGUGUUUGAGGAUGAUGAUGACGAUGAUUAUGGUGAUUCACAAAGGCAUCAAAAGAAGAGGAAGUUAAAGAGCUUGUUAUCAAGUUACGAGUUUGCACCUCGAGUACCACCACCAUCUACUGCAGCUCCAACCGCUCCGAAACCUUCAUUUGGUGGGAGGAAUCCUCUUUCUGAUUGGUCUGAACACGAGACGUUUAUUUUGCUGGAAGCGUGGGGGGAUAGGUUUGUUCGACAUGGGAGGAAGAGUCUUCGAUCAGAUGAAUGGCAAGAAGUUGCAGAAAAAGUGUCACAGGGGUCAAAACUUGAGAGGACAGACACCCAAUGUCGUAACCGUUUGGAUACUCUAAAAAAGAAAUACAAAAAGGAGAAGAUGAAGUUUGCGGAGAAUGGAUGUAACACCAGUAAGUGGGUGUACUUCAAAAAGAUGGACAUGUUACUAACGUCAACUCCACAGCUAGCGGGUGUUUCAUGUGGAGUGGACUCCGGUGAGUAUGUUUUCAUGAGCUCCAAAGUUUCUUUGAAUCGUGCCAAUGGUUUGGAUGAGAUGAGGGACAGUCCUAAUAACUCGGGAUCUGCUGAUGGUGACGAUGAUGAUUCUGAGGAUCUUCCACCAAAAAGAUCAAGAAAUGGACAAUCAAGAGGGAAUGGAGCUUCUUUCAAACUAAUAGCAGAUUCCAUCCAUAAAUUUAGUGAGAUAUAUGUGAAGAUUGAGAAUAGCAAGAGACAGCAAAUGCUGGAACUGGAGAAAAUGAGGAUGGACUUUCACAGAGACUUGGAAAUGCAAAAGAGGCAGAUUGUGGAGCGAGCACACGCAGAAAUUGCAAGAAUACGCCAAGGAAGAGAUGAAGAGAAUGACAUUUCUGCUGAAAAUGUUAGUGGAUGA